GUCCGAUUGCUGGAUCGUAUAGUAAGAGUAUGUUUAGUUUUGUAAGACACUGCCAAACUCUCUUCCAGAAUGGCUGUACUAUUUUGCAUUCCCACCAGCAAUGAAUGAGCAUUCCUAUUACUUCACAUUCUUGCAAGUAUUUGGGGCUGUCAGUGUUUGGAUUUUCAUUUUUCUAAUAGGUAGGAGCAUUGUCUUUAAUUGGCGGGGGGGGGGGGAAUAAAGGAAGUAACUCAGAUAUUCAUUAAUAUCAAUAGAAUGAUCUUGAUUAAGCAUGGUCAGUCCCUGAACUAGUGUCCUCCCGGACUGGGGAGUGCAGCGCGGGGCGGGGACUCGCAGAGAGGAGAACAGCGCAUCAACCCCAGCGGGAGGCGCGCAGGUCUCGGGAUGCGGAAGGCGGGCAGGCGCCGCGCUCCUCUCCGCCCCCACGAGCAAGACGGUCACGUGCAGCGGAGGGGCUGACCUCCGCGGGCGGGCCUGGGAGGGGCGCCGCGCAGGUGGUUCAGGGUCGCCCGAGGCUAGGCGCGAGGCGGGCGCUUGCGCAGCGCGGGGCGGAGUGCGAGCCGGGGCCGGAACCGCCGCGGGUCGGGAAGGGCGGGGAGGAGCCUGGGAGCGCGCCGGCCGCCGCAUGGGGAGGGGCGGGGCGGAGCCGCGGCGCGCGCGCCCGUCGGAGGGGGCGGGACAGAGCAGCCAUUGGGCGCGCUCAGGUUGGCCGCUGGGAGCGUGGGGCGAGCGUGGACCGCGGCGCGGCGGUGCGAUUCUUUUCCCGGCCCUUCUCCCCGCCCCAGGCGAGGGCACCGUGUGGCGGCGGCGGCGGCGGCGGCGGGGCCAGCGAGGCCGGAGGAGGCGGCUGUGCCCGGGCAUGGUGGUCUGGGGCAACGCGGAAGGUGGAGGAGUUACUGAUGGCCAUGGAGAAGGUAAAACAAGAGCUGGAGUCCAUGAAGGCGACGCUGUCCUGCACUCAGCAGUCACUGGCAGAGAAGGAAACUCAUUUGACCAACCUUCGGGCCGAGAGAAGAAAACACUUAGAGGAAGUUCUGGAGAUGAACACAUGCAAAUGACAGUCCAGGCUCUCCAGGAUGAAUUGCGGAUCCAGAGGGACCUGAACCAGCUGUUUCAACAGGAUAGUAACAGUAGGACUGGUGAGCCUUGCGUGGCAGAGCUGACGGAGGAGAACUUUCAGAGGCUGCACACUGAGCAUGAGCAGCAGGCCAAGGAGCUGUUCCUCCUUCGAAAGACUCUGGAGGAGAUGGAGCUGCGGAUUGAGACUCAGAAGCAAACCCUGAACGCUCAGGACGAAUCCAUCAAGAAGCUUCUGGAGAUGUUGCAGAGCAAGGGGCUUUCUGCUAAGGCUACUGAGGAGGACCAUGAGAGAACAAGGAGACUGGCAGAGGCAGAGAUGCAUGUCCACCACCUCGAAAGCCUUUUGGAGCAGAAGGAAAAAGAGGACGCUCUGUUGAGAGAGCAUAAAUUUCCAGAAAUGAAUUUGCUCAGGGUGUGUACGUUUUCAAAACUCUGAAUAUCAGUCUUGUCUCCCAGAGUGAUUGGACCAGUUUAUCCUCCCAGAAGCAUAUACUGUAUUUUUACGGUUAAUCUGCAGCUAUGUACGUUACAAUCUUCAAAUUACUGGACUGUAUUGUUUUAGAAAAUUUUCUAUCAACUGCUGUGUUGUAGGCACCAUCCUGAGUUUCUUUCAUUUUACUUUCAAGAGUUUAUAUUUUAAUGAGGUAACCUGGAGCCUGGCCAUAGAACAUUGUAAGAGAAGGUGUAAUCAUCUCAAAUAGCAUGCAGCAUGAAAACCCUACCAGCAUCGUGAUGAACUUUGAAUGUUACGUUUUUACUCCUUCUGUUCUGAAUAUUUCAACCUGUGCCCAUUUAUUUUUGAGUUUUGGAGUUAAUAAAUAGUGAAUAGUUAAGGAUUAUGAAAAGCCACAGUGUUAUUCUGGCAGAGAACAACCAGCAAUAUGGUGAAUUUGAACAAGUAGUAGGAAAAAACAUGAAUUUAAGACUAAUUUUGAAGUAACAAGCUCUACAAAUAUUAAGUCCCACUUCUGAACAUAAUGUGGAAAGAAAUAUAGGCCUUGUUAGUUGUAUCAAUACACAAUUCCAGUUGCCAUUAGUAAUGUAGCGUCAUCUUACAGGAAACACAGUCCUAUGGAUUAAAAUUAUUUAAGAGCAAGUAGAAGUGAUUGCUUCAUGAACACAUGUUUAGAAUGCUGGUUCUCCUUUCUUUGUCUCCUACUUGCCUUCAAGACUUAGCUCAAAUUGCAGUUCUUCUGUGAAGUCUUCCUUGUGCAGCUCUAUACAUAUAUGUAGAUGAGCCAGUAAUAUUAUAGUAUACUUCCAUGUGUGUUUCUUCAUUGUUCACUUAAUUUUUUGCACCAAGGAUGUGUGUAUAUAUAUAUAUGAAAUUUUAUCUUGUCAGUGUCUUAACAAAUGCACAGUGGGUACUCAAGAAAUGUUGGUUGAAUAAGUUGAAAUGUAGGGAAAGAAGUUUAAGCCUGGAGCUUACAGAAAGAAGGAUAGCUUUUCCAAUUCUUUUUUCUCCAGUGUGACCACUGGAUACUAAAACCUAACGAAGGUUAGAAAACAAACUAAAACUCCAAACCAGUUUUGC